UCGAACCGAUCGGUCGGUUGUUUAGUGUGUUUUGCGAUGAAGAAAUUGUGUGGCCUCGCUUGCAGUGUUUUGCUGCUAGCGGCACUGCUCGCCGUAGCACCCAGUGUCGUUCAAGCACGUGGCAUAGUGUCUGGACGAGCUUUCGACUCCUUCCGACUACCGAACACUACCGUGCCUACGCACUAUACCCUUCGUCUAGAUACGGAUGUGCACCGUGGUGUCUUCGAGUACACUGGAAAUGUUCAAAUCAGAAUCAAUGUGGUAGAAGCGACCGAUCAAAUAGUGUUGCAUAGCUUGCGCAAUGUGAUCACGAAGCUGCAACUUCGCAACAGUGCCGGACUGACGAUAGCGUUAAAGAAUUUUGAGUUUGAUGAAGAGAAAGAAUUUCUGGUGAUCAACGUUGGUACGAUCCUGCAACCGAACAGUGGUACCUACACGCUCGAAAUUGACUUCACCAACAGUAUCGAUCGCAAUGAUCAGGCAGGAUUUUACCGAUCAUCUUACGAGGAUGCCGAAGGUGUUGUGAGAUAUCUUGGACUAACGCAAUUCGAAUCGGUCGAUGCACGCACCUCUUUUCCCUGCUACGAUGAGCCAGGCAUAAAGACAACGUACGACAUUUUCAUCGUGUGUGGCAUUGAGUACCAUGCUCGGUCCAAUGCGCCCCUUCGUGGAAUUCAAUUGCUUAGUGAUGGAAAGAAACUGUCCACCUUUGCGACGACUCCACGCAUGCAAACGUAUCUCGUUGCCUGGUUGGUGUCAGACUUUGUGUACGAGCGUGAAGUACUGACUCAGCCUCAGCUAGCCGUAGCAUCGUGGGCCAAGCCCGCGUCGGCCCACCUACUGUCCUAUUCUGUCGAUGCUUCCAAGCGCUUUAUGCGUGCUAUGGAAGAAUACUUUGGGCAGCGCUACAGUAUGUCCAAGAUUGACAAUGUGGCAAUCAAAGACUCUGACUACAGUGCGGGCGCAAUGGAGAAUUGGGGCUUAGUAACCUACAGGGAGUCGACUAUCUUUUACGAACCGGAGCAAGGUGAACAGCGGCAGAUUGGUGUCGUAACGAUCGUUGGCCAUGAAUUCACCCAUCAAUUUUUCGGUAACCUGCUGGCACCGAAAUGGUGGAGCUACCUGUGGCUUAACGAAGGUUUCGCACGACUCUAUCAGUACUACGUUGGAUAUAUCUCCCAUCCAGAACUGGAUUUACGCGAGCGCUUCAUAAGCGGACCACUACAGACUGCGCUAAGGGCGGACAGUGCCUUAACGGUACGCCCCAUGACGUACUACAUCGAUACACGACAGGGUAUUUCCAGACUGUUCGAUUCUAUUGCCUAUGACAAAGCUGCCUCUGUUCUGCGCAUGAUGAACUAUGCAUUGGGCGAGCAAACAUUCCAAAAGGGACUGCGCUACUAUCUUGAACAAAAUAAAGAACGUGGAGUUGUUGAGGAAUCCAAUCUAUUCGAUAGUCUGGAGCAGGCUGCGAAAGAAGAUGCAGUCCUACCCAUCAGCCUUUCAAUGCACGACAUUUUCAGUUCCUGGUCCAAUCAGCCAGGUGUCCCAAUCGUUACAGUUCGUCGUGAUGGCGAUGAGUUCCUCUUUACCCAGCAACGCUACGUUGCAGAUGAACCACCAGCGGAACCUUUCACAAACUCCUGGUGGAUACCAAUUACCUUCUCGACGGCGACCAACAUCGAGAAUGAACGAUUCCCAGCAUUCUGGAUGCCACCGAACGUUACGGAAGUUUCGUACACGAUUGAAACUCUUGAAGGUGAAACAGUAUGGUUCAAUCCUCGCUCUACCGGAUACUACCGAGUGGAUUACGAGCCGACCUUGCUUCAAGAAAUGGUCCAGCAAAUGGACAAAGAUCACACCGCUGUUCCAGCUGCUGGUCGUGCCCGGCUACUCGAUGACACACUCAACAUAGCGCUGUCCCGUGGAAACAACUAUGAUGCGGCACUGCAGCUGAUGAGUUAUCUGCAAAAGGAAACGGAAUAUGUACCUUGGAUGGUUGCGAAGGACAACCUGCGCCACUUGCAAGCCAUGCUACGAACGAAUGAAGAGGCGUCUCGUUUGCUGCAAGCAUUUGUAGAAAAGAUGGCCAUGCCACUGCUGGACAAGUACGGUACUGAUAGUGGAUUGGGAGAGUCUGCCAACGUCCAGGAGCUGCGAACGAUCGCCAUCGAACUGGCAUGUAGCGCUAGCCAAUCAUGCAAAAAGGACGCCCAAUCUGCAGUUAAUUCCCUAUCGCAAAGGGAACGACGUUACCACAAUACGGUGGAUGGUGCAUUGUUGUGCCAUGGUCUACAGCAAGCCAAUGUUGGCCAGCGUAAUGCAUUGGUCGAAGAGAUCUCUCAUGCGCUGCUUGCUAAGAAUGGAGAUGAUAUUUUUACUAAACAGUACCUGGAGCAAUCUCUUAGUUGUAUCGGUACCGGUAAGACGAUGAUCCAAUCGUACGGCAAGUACCUAUUUGACCUUAGUGAAUCGGAUCGUACCGAAGCGCUACAUCGGUUGUUCGUCCAGUCGAAGGUGCCGCUGGAAGAAGUUUUACAAUCCAUCGAUUCGGAACUCUCGCGUCGCACUAGCUCUGUCCAUCACAAUGCCAUCGCUAAGGUACUCUUAGAUGUAGCGCGCUAUGUAACGGAACCUGCAGGAAUGCAGCUAUUAAACUCUCUGACAACUGCUCACGCUCCCUGGAUCGGUCCGGAAAUCGAACAGCAGCUCCAAGCCAAUCGUAGAUGGGUCGAUCGGAAUGCCGCCCCUCUCGCGGAUGCGCUAACACGCUAUUUCAAUGCUUGA